ACGAAACAGUCGACAAAGUUAUCAACAACAUCAACAACAACCAAAUGACAACGACGGUAGUUAAACACACAAGGUCAACAUCAGACGGUUUGUUUUGGUAAAAUGUAGAUCGUUCCCUCGUUUAUUUCAAACAAUUUAUUUCCACAACUCAGCUGUGAGGUGCUGAGAUGAAAGUGGAAACAUCACAAGUACAAGCGUUAGUGAUUCUCAGAAACUACAUUUCACCGUCAUGAGCGAGGUAUGUGUCCGAGUGGCGGUCCGUAUCCGGCCCCUGCUUCCCAAGGAAGUCCUCCACAACCAUCAGGUGUGUGUGCGGAUGGUGCCGGGCACCGCACAGGUGAUGCUCGGCUCGGACCGACUCUACUCCUUCGACCACGCAUUUGGACCGACAGCCAGUCAGGAUGAGGUGUACCAGUCCUGCGUCCAGCCGCUGGUGGAGUCCCUGGUCGACGGUUGCAAUGCCACCGUCUUCUGUUAUGGACAAACAGGGUCAGGGAAGACAUACACACUCGGAGGGGGGAAACUGGAUGAAGAGGGAGGAAUUAUUGACCGUGUGGCCCAAGAUGUGUUCUUGUUGUUGGCGGAAAAGAGGAAAAACAGUGAUGGUGUGGAGGCCACAGUGCGGGUGUCAUAUAUGGAGCUGUACAGGGAAGAGCUGCGAGACCUGCUGGAGAUGCACACCAUUCACAAAGAGCUUCAUAUCAGAGAGGAUGAGAAGGGAAACACAGUGGUGGUGGGAGCCAAAGAGAUGGCUGUCACCUCAGCAGAGGAGCUACUCAGUGUUCUAGAGAUGGGUAACGCUCUACGCCACACCAGCACCACAGGGAUGAAUGAGCAUUCCAGUCGCUCUCAUGCCAUCCUCACCCUUCAGCUCAUCCAGUGUUGCCGCAACAACACCUCCUUAAAGUCUGUCCGCUCUUCCAAACUCUGUCUGGUCGACCUAGCAGGCUCAGAGCGUGCUGGAAAAACUGGCAACACUGGAACACGGCUCAAAGAAUCUGUUCAUAUCAACACAGGCCUGCUUGCACUGGGCAAUGUUAUCCGUGCCCUGUCUGACCCUGCUCGAACUCGCCGUGGUAACAACUGCAACAGCGCACACAUACCAUACCGUGCUGCCAAGAUCACCCGUCUCCUCCGUGAUUCAUUGGGUGGCACCGCCCAUACACUGAUGGUGGCCUGUGUAAGCCCCUCUCACCACAGUGUAGCUGAGACUCUGAGUGUCCUGCAGUUUGCAUCCAAGGCCCGUCACAUUCGCAACCGUCCCAGAGCAAUAUCUACUCAUACAGAGCUUAAAUCAUUACCUUCAGCCUGGGACCCCGGCGAGGCUCGACAAGGGGAGCUCGAGUUUGAAGUAAAGACACUGAGAGAGCUACUGAAAGAGAAGGAGAGAGAGAUGGAGAUGCAGAGGGAGAGGACAGGUGGAGAGAUGGAGAGUUUCAAACAGCGCAGUCAGAUAAGGUUAUCUGAACUAGAUCAGAAGAUGACCCAAGAGCAAUCAUCACACUACCACCUCCUGGCACAGGAAGCUGCAGCUCUGCUUGCAGAUAUCUCUGGCCCCUCUCCAAGUCAAUGUUUCAGGCAGGAACUGCAGGACUGGCAGGAGAGACUGGCAGCUGUCAAUAACACACAUCAAAUCGAUGAUAAGGACUGUUCAGAGGGGAAUGGAGACCAGCCUGACCAUCUUACAUUAUUUAAGCUCAGAGAAGAGCUCAAGAAAUGCCAGGAAGCUCUCAACAUAGAGGAGCAUCUAUUGGAGCAGAAAGAUGCAGAGCUGAGACAGGUACAAAAAGAUGUUGAGGGGCUUCUUCAAGAGAGGAAAACCCACCUCCAAGCCUUAGAGGAAGAAAAGGAACAUAAUCGUAUACAGACUGAACAACUGGUAGACCAACAGAUUCUGAUUGAUCGUCUUCGCAGCGACCUCAUGACCUUUCGGGGCACAACCUCAGGGGCCGCAGUGGAAGCAGUGGCUUCUGGGAACUCAGGCAAGAGGCCCCACAGUGUCCCUCUGAUCAGACACAGCUAUGGACAUGGGCCUCCCAGGAAGAUUCACUCCAGUCCCCCAGCCUAUUCACUGGAGAGGGUGAUGGCAGCCUUUAAAAUGCGCGGUCAUCUCCUUCUGGCUAAGCUUGAGGAAAAGGAUGAGGUGUACUGUCCAUUCAUAAAACAACAGGGAGAGAGCAUAGACAGGGCUCAAGAGAAGGAGGAGGAGGAUAAGGACUGUGUGAGCAAAAUGGCAUUUAGGCAUUCUUUAAACAGAACAUGGACGAGUCGGCAGAAGAAAUCAGCUCUGAAAGAGAAAAACACUGGACUGGACCAAACAUCUAAUGGGAAUCCAUUAGUACAACAGCCUCAGCGAGCUACAGGGGCCAAGGAAAACCAUGCCAAAAAAAGCCAUAUGAUGAAGGCCCAUCUAAGAGCCAGUGUUACUGAGAGAAGGAUCCAAGAUCUGUCAGUCAACAUGCGGAUGGAAGAGGAGCUCAUCAAAGAGCUUGACAAAACUGACAAGAAAAUCCAGGCCGUGGACAGACAUGGCAGGCACAACAGAGAUGGCACAGAAGCUGGCAUGUUGGCAAGACUUUCCUUGCAGAACCAGCAGGUCCGAGCAGAGGUGUAUCGCAGCCUUCAGCACAUGAGACUGCGGAGAGAGCAGCUUCAGACCAACCUCAGGCAGCAGAGACAGAUCACUGACGACAACAAAGAACUUGGCCAAAGUGGGGAGCAAAAAGCAGGAGAUUUGACUGUGUGCAAAAGCAUUUACCAGGAAGAGUCAAAGGAAAAGUUAUGUGACAGCAGUUGGCUGGAGCAGGAGGAGGAGUGUGUGCUUCAGAGGAGAGCAGAGCUGCAAGAGCUGGAGGAGGAGCUGAGGAGGAGAGAGGAGGUGGUCCUGCGCAGAGAGGCCUAUCUGCAACAAAAAAACAAACUGGAGGAGAAGAUGCUACGCUCCAGUCAGGCUCUGAGUCAGGACUUGCAGCGUGUGUCAAUGCAGUUGGAGGCAGUGGAGGAGCACCUGGAGAGCAGUAGCAAUGCAAGGCGGACUGGAGGAAUUACCAAAGAGGAACUGGAGAAGGAGAGAGACAUGCUUAAAAAGAGGAGAGACACUCUGGAUGCACAGUUGAAGGAAAACAGAGUACUUACUAUGGAGGAGGGGCAUUCCCUGCUCCAGCUGGAGGAAGCUAUUGAAGCUCUGGAUGCAGCUCUGAAGUUUAAAAACAACUUCAUCCAGGACAAACAGAAGAGGAUGGCAUUCGCAGACUCCUCUUCGUAUCAGUCACAAAGCACCAAACCCGCCCCACUCUGUGAUGUCAUCAGGAAGCUGAGGGAGCUCGCACCAGCCGAGGCUUUGGAGCUGCUCAUCAAAUAUUUCAACAAGGUUGUUUGUCUUCGUGAGGCAGAGCGCCAUUUGCGUUUGCGCUGUGAAGAGCUGGAGCUUCAUGCAGGAGAGCAAGAGGGGGUGCUGAGGGAGAUGGAGGCUGCCAUGCAGCGCCUGGCACUGGAUGCAGACCGCAGGCUCACCCAGCAGCACCGAGCUCACCAGAACAACAUCCAGCUACUCCUGCAGAAACUUCAAGAGGGUGGAUCAGGAGAACCACAGCAGGCUAUCCAAGACAGACUGCAGCAUCUGGAGAAAGAACUGUUUUUCUACAAGAGCUCCAGCCGGCAGCUAAAAAACAAGCUCAGAGAACUUUUUAGUGGCGCCCUGCACCAUGAUGAUCAGCAGUCAUACAUACAGGAGCACAGACAAACACACAAUAUGCAGGUACAAGCAGGCACAAGUAAAUCCCAGAUGCAAACUGAAGAGUUACAAGCAAGGACACGUAUAGCAACAACAUACACAAAGAUACAUGCAGAGCAAACAGACCAAAAGACAAAGUUCGAUUCUCAUAUGAGGAGACAUGCACACCAAACCCCCUGUCCUUCCUCAUCUUCUGACCUCCAAGCAGACAGAAAUACCAAACCUGAAUACAAUCAGAUGCACACACACACACAGUCCCAGGGGAGGAAUGAAAGAGAGGCUGGUAACAGUGGGGAAAGUUUAGAGAUGACACCAGUCCGUCUGUGUCGCAAAGAACUGAGACAGAUCUGUCCUGCUGACCUGCAGAUCUCUGGUUCUGCCACAAGGAGGCGGCAGUCUGUUGUGAAUACCAGCACAGAAUCAAUACUAGAAGACUCCAUAGAAGUGUCCAAAAACACUGACAGAUGAUGUUGCAUCAUUUGCAGAUCUAUUCAGUGACUUCACGUAGAUCAAAGUACCCAAAAGAGUCACUUGACAGCAGUAACGUAUACAGCAGAUUCCAGUUGGGUAGUAGUAAGCAAAGGAAAAUGUUUGUCAUAAAUGACUGCAGAUAAAAUUGAAUAUGAAUGACACACUUCUUCCACUCAUCUUAAGUAUCUUGUGAAAACUGACUUUGUGGGGCUCUGAGGUCAGUGAGAAGUGCCCACAGGUGCAUUAAAUUAUUUCCCAGAAUGAAAAAAAGGGUCUGUAGGUAAUGCAUGUCCAUAUUCACAAUAUACUAUGAAGAUAUGUUUUUGUUGUAUUUUAUUUAUUUUUUGUAAAUUCACUGUUGUCCUUUGUCGAACAUGUAAUACCACUGAAUAGUGCAACCAUGAAAAACUUCAGAGUUUAUGACCUUAAAGUGUCCUUUAGAAGGACUGGAGUGUGAAUACUUUACAGUGAACCACUUCAGUCUCUUGUCAUAGCACUGUCUUCCUAUGUCUUCCUGUCUUCUAUGCUUAAUGUUGUGGAGUUUUUUUUUAAUUUAGUAACAGAGGAAACAAAAAGAAAGGCCAGUGUUGUUAUGACAAAAAAAUUAAUUUGAUAAAUGGCAUGUAUAGAGAGAAUUUCCAAUAACUUGGCAGUGUGUUUACACAAAAAACAGAGUGACAUUUCCUAUUUUGCGAUUAUAGAUACAUACAUCAAAAUACAACACUGCACAUUUCAUGUUUUGUUCCCGUAAAUUUGGAGAUUUCUUAUGUUUAAAGCUCUUAUAGCCUAGAUAAAGACAUAAAACAAGACAAAAAACUAUCUUUGCAAUGAAUAAAUCUUACUGACAUAAACACACUGCAUGCAUAAACGGCAACCUUAUGUCGUAUGUUGAGUGUGGGGAAAAAAAGCACUUUUCUGAUAUUAUUUCUGUAGUCAUAAUACUUUACCUUAUGGUUGUCACCAACUGCAUCAACUAAACUGAUUCUCCUCCUUUUACAACACUGCUAGUUUAAAACAAUAAGUUAGAGAAAAGGUGUCAUCAACCUAUAGUUCGAAGUAAUCAAAUACAGCUGAGUGAGUUUUUCACCUUUAAUUUUUGGCACUGUUUAGCACUUAAAUGGCCAGUAGAUACAGUGUGUUUUCUGCACUAAAACAGUAAUGUGUUUUUAUGUGUUUUUUGAUACAAUCUUUUUUUUGUCUGUUAGCUGUACUGUUAGCUAUACUUGCUGUGUAAAUUAUUUCUGUAACUCUACAGUCAAAUUUAUUAAACUUACUAAUUUGCA